AUGUCAUCAAAAAGUUUCGACGAGCUUCUAGUGAAGUUACAGGAUAAGCUAUGCCGUAACAGCUUACGGCGUGCACCCAUACCACCGAUUGAACGUUUGGCUGUUACUUUAAGAUUUUUGGCUACGGGUCAGUCCUAUACGGAUCUACAAUAUUCAUUCAGGAUCGGAACAUCCACCAUCAGUCUAAUCGUGAAUGAGAUUAGGGAACGCGUUGCGAGAACAUUUUGCUGA